UCGAGAUCGAGGGUAAAUUUGAAAAAAUUUUCUUAGAUUAGAAGAGGUGCUCUCUAAUUUUGAUUUCGAUUUUCAAAUUUAAAAUUUGUGUGCGAUUUUUCUGGGAUCUUCGUUUUAUCGCUGUUAUUACCAGAAGACUUCAUGUUGACGGAAAACUCUUACCGUGUGGUAGACAGUUACCAGUUUACGAUUAUGGAUACCGGAAAUUGUUUUCAAAUCAAUCUUCAUGGGGUGCUUUCUUCAAACGCAUUUUUCAAUUUCGUCAAUCACUAUAAAGUAGAAAAUAAUUUGGAAAGUAAACCCAUGUCCGAAUUGACCAAGGAAGCUGCUACGCUGUGGUCUACGAUGUCAUCAGACGAGAAAAUUCCAUACAAGAGGUCUGCCAUCGCGGUGAAGAAUUUCAAGGCGCAGAAACGAAAAAAGCUGGCAAAAAUAAUUGGGUCUGAAAAAUAGAGGUAAAUCCAUACGGCACAUGCGUACGGCGACUUCGGCACAUGUUCCAACUCUCAAAAACUGAUCGAAUGAAAAUUGCAUAUUUUUCAUGGAUUGCUUAUGGUUUCGAAGGUUUUGGUUUCAGCAAUAUGUCCCAUAAAGUACAUAUCUAGUCCAUAAGUUUCACAAUUUUUCAACGGUGAAUAUGAACGUCUUUCAAAUAGAAUUAUCAAUUGGGUACCUACAAGGAUUUUAUCAUGGUAUGUAUGAGAGUUCCUGUUCGUAUGGAAGCGCUUUAGAUUUGAAACGUGUCGGAUCCGGACCAACGAUUAAAACUGAAGAAUGCCUAAGCCCAUCAUCAGCACCCACAGACUGGACAACCGGUUGCGCGUACAGGUUUGCGUGCAAUUCGACUUUCCAACAACUGAAACAGUCGGUAGAAAAAGCAAAAGCAGCCCUGCAGGAUCGUAACAGUUACUUAACAUCGGCUACAGCUUUUGGCGAAUUCAGCGCUUCGCCAUUUUGUACGCCAUCGAGAACGUCCAACCACCAUCACACCCAACUGGAUAUUUUACAAGAAGAAUUACGCGACGAUGUUCUGCAUGAAAAAAGAUCUCACGGUUUCACCUCGAUGGGCAAAAAUUCUUAUCAGCAUUUUUCCUGCUCCAUUGCGGAAAGUUUCAGAGUCAACAACAAAACAGAUACACCUUACAAAGGAUCAUGGAGUGCUCACACCGUAGCUCAGUCGCAAGGAUAUGCGAAUUCGCUCACUGGUAUGACGAAAUCUUCAUUGGAUCCACACAGUCAUCUCAGACAACCAGGUUCUCAUUCUGUUAUAGAUCCUUAUCAAAUGUUUGGAGCCACAAGUAGCCGACUGGCAAGCUCAGGUUCCGGACAGAUACAGUUGUGGCAGUUCCUAUUAGAAUUAUUAUCAGAUUCGAGUAAUGCAAAUUGUAUAACGUGGGAAGGUACCAACGGAGAAUUCAAACUAACCGAUCCAGACGAAGUUGCACGUAGAUGGGGUGAACGAAAAUCCAAACCAAAUAUGAAUUAUGAUAAAUUGAGUCGAGCGUUAAGGUAUUACUACGAUAAGAAUAUAAUGACCAAAGUGCAUGGCAAAAGAUACGCUUACAAGUUCGACUUUCAAGGGCUAGCAGCAGCUACUCAACCAGCGACAGGAGAUCCAGCUGCUUACAAAUAUCAAUCAGAUUUAUUUAUGUCAGCAGGUUACCAUCACUCGGCUGCAAAACUCAACUUCAUGAGUCCUCACGCCAGUAUACCUUCUACUUCCGGAAGCAUAUUCCCUUCACCGACAUCAUAUUGGACGAAUCCUAGUGCUAAUCUGUAUAGUAACAUAGCAGCCGCUUCCAGCCACACAAUGUCACAUCAUGCUGGACAUAUGACAUCGCAUUUGAAUUCGUAUCCGCAUUAUGCCUGACAUACGUAUGCCUCGACGCCUUGGGCAUCGAAUAUAGAAGGCCAAAUUAAAGACGAAUAAUCGUAUUUUCUAUAGGAAAAUGGUUACCACGUGAUUCCGUUGAAAAAUGUCGCGUUAAUUGUGAAUAAACAACUAAAUUGUGAUGCAUUAUGUCAGUUUUUAAUGCGAGGUACUGAUCAAGUUGGUAGGUAGAAGUCUAGAAGGUACCUAUACUAAUUAAUUGUCAAGAUAUUUGGCGAGUCUUGGUGGGUAAUUAAUUUAAUUAGGUGCAGGGUGCGUAAAAAUAUCGGGUACCCCAGGUAAACCUACCUAACGAAACGCAGCACAGUUUUGCUCUUGAAACGUAAGUUGGUAACAUGAAAUGCGUAACGCAAGUGUUGAAAUUCUGUUACUAACUUACGUUUUAAGCGCAUAACUGUGCUGCGUUUUCGUUAGGUAGGUAUUUGGCGUACCCGGUAUUUCUAAUUUCUAUGCACCCUGUGGCCUGUAUCACUCAUUGAUUUUUCUGCCUACUAAAUGAUUUAUUCAUUGCGAGAGGUGCCUACCAGAACUGAUAAUGCGUUUUGUUUUUUGAAUCUGUUUGAUUUACAUAUACCUAGUCCUGCUCUAUUCUUAAUUUACCUAAUUUUACGUGUUUAUGUAAUUGCAAUUGUACAGCAUCAUGUUGUUGAAAUCCAUUAUAAUUUCAUUUGUAAUGUUUUCAUAUCGAUAUGUUUAUUCGGACUCUAGUGUCAUGUUGUUGUGCAGUUUUUUUUUUUUUUUUUCAUUAUAGGAUUAUUUAUUUUAUAAUAACGACGUUGUUUGUUGUGCAUUUAGCUAUUGAUUUAAUAGCUUUUUAUUGGUCAUAUCAUAUCAAGAUGAAAUUCCAAUGCAUGUUUUACAUGCACUACGUACCAAGCUCUUGAUUUCAAUGUUUGUUUACAAAUUUAUCUUUCUUGCUGGAAAUUCAAGUAAACAUCAAACCGGUUAAUAACUAAAAUACCUAACUAUGAAGCAAAAAUGAAUAAUUUUUUGAAUUUAAAUUCGUUAAUGAAAAUAUCAACAGUCAGAUUAUUGAAUAAAUAAAAAUAAAUGAACUAGGUGGUACCUUACCUACCUAUCCAAAUUUCAUCAUUCUUAAUUAUAAUUAUUAUUACUUUAUGUUUAUGUACCUUUGAUAUUUUUAAUUGUUGGAUAUUUUUUUAACAUUUAAUAUCAUGGUGAUUCGCUCUUGAUUGUAAAUAAAUGUAACAUGUAACUCACCAAGUGCAAUAUAGUAAGUAAUUUCUUUUUGAAUAGGGCAUAGUCGUAGGUAGGUAUUAUUACUUUAUCUGUAAGUAUUUUGUUACAAAUUUGAGUUGAUUUUUUGUACCUACAUGUUAUGUUUGUGAAAGAAUUCGUGAAUCACAUUGAAGAUUUGAUUCAGUCGGAUUAGAAAAAUCAAACGAUUACUAAAACUAGAUUAUUUGAAAACCCUAUCAGUGUUAUGAUAGAUGAUCAUUGAUCUCGUUAAACCUGUGUGAUUCAUCGUUCAUGAACAUUUGGCCAUUUUAAGAAUUAAUAACUGGACCUACCUACUUAUCGAAAGCGAUAAAAUCAUCGAUGAAUCAUUUUGUAUAUUUUGUAAAUAACGCUUCAGUGAAGACCAUCGUGUAUAAUUUAUCGCUUGUUCUUGUGAAUUUAUUUUUUCAAAAUUAAAUAUUUUCAAUACCUAAGUACGACUGUUUUUUAGAAAACUCGCUCCAAUUGUUAUAUUCUUACAAAAUAUUUUUUUUCAUUGUUCUUAGGUGCUUUGUUUUUUUUAGUGUAUUUACAAAUUACAGUCAUGUAUAAAAUUUGUAAGUUAUUUGUAAUUUUAUCUAGUCUAAAUAGGCGGUAAAUUGUUGAAAAUUAAAUUAUUUGAAUAAAUGAAAUAACCUAUCUGAA